AUGCGAGGCGGGGGAGGCGGGAGACGGGGCGAAGCUCCAACGUUUCAGCCGUCUCGUAGCUCGUUCAACUUCAGUCUCGCUUGUGACAUGAAAGGGCGCGAUUCUUCACACGCAUCACGGUGCUCCGAGAAAUGCAUUACAAUGAACAGCCUCCUGGGAUUGCAUGUAAUGGGAAGACUUGGCUCAUCAUUUAGAGGUUGUGUUCUUAAUAGCGGCGCCGGCGCUGUGGAGGGGUCGCAGCGUGACCGUAUGUGUGAUGCGAUGCGCGACAAGCUCGCCGCGCUGCUGCAUAGCUCGGCUCGUGCGCAGGCACAUACGGACAACACCGACAAAUUGCACAAUAGCGCGAUCGCCCCAGUACUGCUAUUCUCUAAUGAAGGGAGCGCACGCGAAGGCGGAUUGGUGUGGCGCGGGUGCGCCGCCGACUGCGACGCCGAGGACGGCGCGACGGGAGCGCUCGCCGACGGCAACACCAACGCAGGAGACAAGCUGGAGGGGUCGGACGCAGCUCCGGACGACCCUGUUCACCUCAAGAGACGGGUGGGACUCUUCAGUGGGGUGGCUCUAAUCGUUGGUACUAUGAUCGGAUCUGGAAUAUUCGUGUCGCCCUCUGGGCUUUUGGAGCGCACUGGCUCAGUGGGCAUAAGCUUCAUCAUAUGGAUGGCAUGUGGCCUGCUCUCGCUGCUUGGAGCACUCGCAUACGCGGAGCUAGGAACGAUGAACACAUCUUCCGGCGCUGAAUACGCGUAUUUCAUGGACGCAUUCGGAGGACCCCCAGCAUUUCUGUUUUCAUGGGUUUCGACAUUGGUACUGAAACCUUCCCAAAUGGCAAUAAUCUGUCUGAGUUUCGCAAAGUACGCGGUGGAGCCAUUCGUGGCGGAGUGCGAGCCGCCCGACACGCUCGUCAAGCUGGUUGCGGUCAUAUCCAUUGUUAUGAUCCUGGCGGUUAACUGCUACAGUGUGAACUUAGCGACAAACGUACAAAACAUUUUUACUGCGGCGAAGUUAGUAGCGAUUGCGAUCAUCGUCUGCGGAGGAGCGUAUAAGUUGAUAUUAGGUAAUACGCGACAUUUACAGGAGCCCAACUUCGCGAGUAGCACGGCCACUCUCGGCAACAUCGCCACGGCCUUCUACACCGGCCUUUGGGCAUACGACGGCUGGAAUAACCUUAACUAUGUCACUGAGGAAAUUAAAAACCCAUCCAGGAACCUCCCGCUGAGCAUCAUCAUCGGCAUCCCGCUGGUGACGCUGUGCUACGCGCUGGUGAACGUGUCGUACCUGGCGGUGAUGUCGGUGAGCGAGAUGGCGGACAGCGAGGCCGUGGCCGUCACCUUCGGCAACCGCCUGCUCGGGCCCGUGGCCUGGCUCAUGCCGCUCGCCGUCACCAUAUCCACCUUCGGCUCCGCUAACGGCACUCUCUUUGUUGCUGGCAGGUUGUGUUUCGCCGCAUCUCGUGAGGGGCAUCUGUUGGACAUUCUGUCGUAUGUCCACGUGCGUCGCUUCACGCCGGCGCCGGGACUCAUAUUCCACUCUUUGAUAGCGGUGGCGAUGGUCCUGUACGGCACCAUCGACUCGCUGAUCGACUUCUUCUCGUUCACGGCGUGGAUCUUCUACGGCGGCGCCAUGCUCGCGCUCAUCGUCAUGCGCCGCACCAAGCCGCACGCGCCGCGCCCCUACAAGGUGCCAAUAAUAAUCCCGUACAUCGUGCUGCUCGUGUCGGCGUACCUGGUGGUGGCGCCCAUCGUGGACAAGCCGCAGUGGGAGUACCUGUACGCGGGCGCCUUCAUCCUCGCCGGCCUGCUCGUCUACAUGCCCUUCGUGAAGUGGGGCUACUCGCUGCCCUUCAUGGAUAAAAUAACAGUGUUUCUGCAAAUGGUGCUGGAAGUGGUGCCAACGACGACCACCUUCGAAUAU